AUGGACAGUGCUCCUCUUGUAAAGGCGCAUGGUCAUGCCCGUGCGGCUGCUACUGCUACCAGGCAUGGCAGCGACACCACAGUGGCCAUCACCGAACAUACACAUGCAGCAGGCGAGUUUGCAAACGCAGCAAAAGACACGUCAAGCGCAGAGGCGUUAAGGACGCUGCGUCUACUCGAAGCACACCACAGACGACUGGCAGAACUGCUAAAACUGCCGCCUGAGACGACCGCCCACCACGCCGACGAUGAAGACGAAAAGGCAAUGACAGAGAAGGAUGGCGAAAGCCGCAGCGGCCACCAAAAGGGAGAUGCGAAUUCACCAAGGACGGCACAUAUGCCAGGUCUCAGCAACCACCGAUCUACACAGAGAGAAAUGUCUUCCUCUAUUGCGAGCAACCUGGCUUCGGCUAGAGGAAUUCGAUCCAAGUACAGGGUGCAUCCACUUAGCCCCAGCAUUUCCAACGACAAUGCUCCUGGCAAUGUAGAUCCUCAUCCUAGACGAGACGGAUCCAAGACCAAGAUGCAGAGUAUUAUUGACCACCAGUCUGGAAAACCAAGCUGGGUUCCUCCUUCUGCACCCGCCAGCCGGGAACAUGGUGGUGGCUCAAAGCCCAGCUCACCACGUAUCGACGAACAACAGACGACUAGAGAGGAUACGGGAUACAAUGCAUUCUAUAAUGCCUUUGGAAGCAUCAUGAACAAGAUUUCGGCGCCACUAGCCUUUGCUGGCCUGCCUCUAAUUCAGGAGGAAAGUACUGUAUCAGAGACGCAGCGCCCAUCUGAGGCAGAUGCUGGCCCUUCUAAGCAUAAAGGCCACUCGGCCGGCUCAACGACGACUCCUGUGAAGCAGGAAGUAGAUUUGGGCAAGAUAUAUUCCAAGGCAACAAUGAAGGCUCUUGCACGCGAAGGCCACAAUCCUCACGAAUCCUUUUACGUUGUGCCCACGACCGGCCAUACCAUGUCGUAUGCCAAUAUUCUCAACUAUGCGGAGAAGGAAAAGCGCCGUCUGGUAGUUUCUGGCAUGCGUGAGAAUUCUGGCGGCUCAAAAGACGACGAUGACGACGAUUUUGUAGACGCGAGGGAAUCUCCCACCAGCCUUCUUUCACCAGGCGCCCAGCGCCGCGUUGGUAAAGGCAAGACGGAACGCGAGUUGAAUAAUACAAUCGAAGAACUCUACACUGAAAACCAAUCACUAAAAGACAUGCUCGACAAGUUGUCUAAGCGACUUCAAACCUUUGAGGCCAGCGCGCAGAGCUCCGCGAUGGCGUUGGCCGAGAGUUACCGUCUCAUGCGACCAGCAUCUCCAACGCUGAACAAGCACGACGAUCAAGGAAAACUGAAGAUGGCAGACACGGAGCAGCAGCUUGCGGCUGUGACAAAGCAGAUGGAGAGACUAGAAAAGGAUAAUCGCAAGAUGCAAAAGACACUGGACAAGUAUCGGGAGAAGUGGGAUGUACUCAAAGCCGGAGCAAAAGCACGGCGAGACGGCCAAAAGGGAAUGGAGAAUAUAGAGGAAGGGAUUUAG